CACUAUUUGACGAAUGCACAGCGCAAUACAAGCAAAGUCGUCAAUUAGAAAAGAAAAAGAUGAGAGAACGAGAAGAAACAUGGCACAGAUUAGAGAAGACAGCCGCUCACAACGCUCAGGGAGUUCCAUUACAUUACACUGUUGGGACUACCUCGAAUUUGUCGACAACGAAUGUCGUUGAAACCACGUCCUACAACAAUUUUGAUGCUGAGGACUUUACUGAAGAAAACCAAUCAAGUGAAGAAGAGUCCACAGAUGAAGUGCCACCGCACGAAAACGAGGGACAAGAGAAUGAUGACCACGGUGAACUU